AAAAUGGUGUCAGGUGUGAAUGCGCGCUUCUUUCCCAGAGAGUGAAAUAGAAGCGUAAAAAUCGCUCUUUGUCAUGAGUCGAAAAAAAAACGCUCUUGUCGCGAGUAAUUGUGUAUUUAACGUACUUUGAGAAAACGUUAAAGUGAAUCAAGUUAUUAAAGUGCAGUGGGAAAAGUUAUAAAAAGUGUCGAAAAAUACAAUUGUGUGUUAUAUAUACAUAUACAUAUAGUGUUCAUAGAAAGAGGGGGGUGAAUUGUAAUUUUUUUUUCAGCUGCAUAAUUUGCAGGUUUUGACGAUAACGUGGUCGCGGCACACACUAGAGAAAGAGAGAGAGAAAAAAGUUGAAAACGUAGUUUUUGAAACGCGGUUUUUUUUGUGUGUGAAAAAAAGGCGUCUUGCGGCAGCUGGCAAAAAAAAGGGACUUGAAAAAAUGCCGCUGCUACGCAACGAACCCUUUAAAAAGCUCCACGUCUCCACGGAUUAUAAGGCCGACGACGAAGUCUAUCAUUGCGAGGCGACCAACGAAAUCUUUAAGGAUUACAAUGAAUUUUGCGCGAGGAUCAUUCUCUGCAAUUCACUUGUCUGGUCGUGCAGCACGACGGGAAAAUCGGGAUUAACUUACGCAGAAGCUUUGGAAAGCGAAGAAAAUGCCGAGCGAAGCUUCAAAGAGUUUCCAAUGGAGCUCCGCAUUCCAAUUUUAUAUCUCGCAAAUAGAACACACAGAACUUCUUUCAAUGAGAUGCUCGAAGAUAUUUACCAAUACGCGAGAGAUCGAUAUUUUGUGGGCGAAAUGGUCGAAGCAAGUUUCACCGAAGAUUCAUGGUGCGAUUGUCAUGUUCUUCAAGUUAUUGCGCCAACUGAACAACAAAUUAAACAAUAUAUCCUCGAGAAUGGAAGCAAUCCACAAGAGAGAAGUCCAAAUCCUCCAGCAAAAUUGUUUCACUACGAGGUGGAGCAAUUGGAUUGUGGCGAUUCAGACGAAACACAAACAAUGACUGUCGAGGCUUCUCAAGUUCGAAGGAAGAAACAACAGUACGGAAGAGAGAGGAAUAAGAUUUUUCUCAAACAUCUUUGCGAGCAAAGUACAAAUGGCGUUUGGGUCGUUAAGGAAAGUAUUUUACAACAAUAUGGCGUUGGAAAAGUGCGAUUCGAUACGAUUUUCGAUGGUUCUUUACCCGAUUUUACUCCCCGACCAAGAAGAAUCGUUAAACAAUCCACCAUGGAUAAAUAUGUCACCUCAGACGUUUCGAAGCAUCGUAAAUUCGAUAAGCCAAAUCCACUGAAGAAAGUCAAUAGAGGCGUUGUUGAGAAAAAACAGAGAAAGCCCAGGGUUAAUGGAAAAAUCAAGGAGGAUUCAAAAGCCCGCGCUCUUGAGGAGAAGGAGAAAAAGGAGCAGGAACGUCUCGAGCGUAAGGAGAGGAAAAAGGAGGAGAAACAAAAGCAAAUUGCAUUUGCGGCUUAUACGAAAAAAUGGAAUACAUUGAAGGAUGAUUUAGAAUGCGAGGAUUUGGCGCCACUACCACUGCCAGUGCCAGUUAAUUGUGGAAUUCCAAAUGAGAAAUUUGGCGAUUUUGCCAUGAUACUUGAAUUUUUGCAAUUCUUUUACGAGGAACUUGAAGUAAAUACUUAUUUCACUGGUGGUUUGAAUUUAGAGAUACUUGAGAAGACAAUGAUGAUGAAGGAUACUGCCGGUGGUUUCAGUGAUCUAUUACAACUUCUUCUUGCAAAUAUUUUUAAAUUUCAAGCCGAGGAGGAGAGUGAAAUACACGCUGACGCGGCUGAUUUGACGGACGAUAUUAAUAUUGAACAAGGCGGCGUUCCAUCGAUGGCGGAAGCAACAAAAUUGGCGACAAUGGCGUCAACAUGGUGUCAAAAUCAUCAGGGAUGCUCAUUAUCCGAACUCGCUCUCGAUCACGUCACAUUGAGUGAAAUUCUUCGAUUACAUCUCUUAAGUUCCGGUGGGAGAAUUGGUGAAGUCGCGUCUAAAUGGAGAUUCUCACAAAGAGGUGGUUACACGAAUCACGAUGAUCCAGCACUUCUAUUGAGAAUGAAUGAGGCGCGAAUUUUACGAAUAUUGAGUCACAGAAAUGUUUGUGAAUUUGAACUUGACGAUAGACUGAAAAUCAUCACAUGCCUUAUUAAUCAAUUAUUAACAUUUGCCUCGAUACGCGACGUAAUUGAGGAGAGAUAUGAGAAAUUAAUUCAAGCAAAACGUGAAUUAAAAUCAUUUUUAAUUGCCGAACAAAAGAAGGAGAAGGAGGAGCGUGAGAAAAUGAAGGAGCGCGAAAAAGAGGGUAAAGUUGAAGACGAUACAGAGCAGAAGCCAAAAAAAGUGACGCGCGGCAAUUGUGAGGAGGAAAAGAAGCGCGAGGAAUAUGAUAAUAAACUCAAGGAACUUCAACAAGCAUCAAGGGACGAUCAAAUGAUGGUAUUACUCGGUUCGGAUCGUGCUCAUCGUCGAUAUUGGAGAUUUCUGUCAAUUCCUGGAAUUUUCGUGGAGUGUGACGAAUGGUGGCCGGGAACGUGCAUUCCAGAGGGGACAUUUUUAGUUCCCGAAUUACAAACACGCGAGGGAACUUAUAAUUAUUUACGUAAUAAAUUUGACGACGAAUGCGGCGAUAAAGAGAAUAGUUUUAAGAAAUUGAAAAAAUCACCGAAAAAAGUUGGUUUCGUUGAGAAAAAUGGAUUAAAAUCGCCCCGCAAGGAUGGAAGUCCAAAGAAGGAGAUUAAAAUUGAAAUGCACGAAUUGAGAAAAUCAUUAAUGGCAUGCACUGGCGAUAAAGAAUGUCCCGUUCAUUGUAAACGUAACGAAUCAAAAUGGAAUUUUUACGGUACACGCGAGGAUAUUGAUGCAAUUAUUAAUGGUCUUUGUAAACGUGGUUUUCGCGAGUCAGAACUACGAAAUAAUCUUAUUAUGGAAACGUCAAAUAUCGUCGAAGUCAUUGAGGAAUGUCCCAGGCAUAAACUCAAUCCAGAAGUUUUUACAGAGCCAAUAAAGGAGUUAUCAAAUAAAAAUACCAAGAAACCAAAAACAGAAAGUACAAAUUUAAAUUUCCCAAUGGAUAUGCAAGUUGAUAGUGUAAUUGAAUUGACGUUGAGAGAUUAUGUUCUUGAUUUGGAGGAUAAAGUGAAAAUUGGUUGUUUAGGAUUUUUGAAAGUAAUUGAUCGUGAUUUGUGGAGAAAAUCAAUACAAGAGGGUCAUUAUGAUAAGCAAUGCGAUCGACUUGUUUAUGGAGCAAAUGAAAUUGAAGUUGACGUGGGUGCGGUUCAUUCGACUGUAGAUAAAAUUAAACACGAAUCACGUAAUAGUCGGCCAAAUACGCCGGACUCUGAAGUUGGUAGUGUUGGUACAAAAACGUAUCGCGAUCCUGGAAAAUAUUUGGGACAACCUGGUGAAGAUGAAAUGCAUCCCGACACUAAACAACAAAUGACAAUUCGUCAAAUGUCGUGCGCUAUUUUGCAGGUGUAUCUUGCAAUUGAACCAAAGUACCUGAAGAAGCCUCUUGGUUCCGAUGACAAGGAUAAAAAAUGGUCGAGCGAAGAGGCGAGAGAUCGUUGGGAACAUUCAUUGAUGACAUCGACAAGUUGGUCGCAAUUAUUUGUUCAUUUGAGCACAUUGGACAAUAGUAUUGCAUGGGGUAAAAGUGCAUUGAAUGCUCAGUGUCGAAUUUGCCGAAGACGCAGGGACGCUGAGAACAUGUUACUCUGUGAUGGAUGCAAUAAGGGACAUCAUCUUUAUUGUUUGAAGCCCAAAUUAAAUAGUAUUCCUGAGGGCGACUGGUUCUGUACGACGUGUAAACCGAGGGAGGUGAAACCAAAGGAAAAAGCUAAAAAGAGGCGAAAGUUCGAGGACGAACCUGAGGAGGACACAGUAUUAACCAAAGAAACACGACACAAUCGCGCCAAGAGGGUGCCAGGAAGUGAGGAUGAAGUGGCAGAAGAGGACACCACGAACAACGAUGAAGCUAUCGAGGAAGAUACUGACGAAGACUCAGAGAAAUCUGAAGUUUGUCAGGCAUGUUCACUCGGUGGAAAGUUAAUAACCUGUGAAACGUGUCAAAUGAGUAGGCAUUGGAAAUGUUUCGAUCCACCAUUGCCCAGAUGUCCACGCGGGAAGUUUUGGUGUAAAAGUUGUAAAACGAAGAAAUACAAUACAAGUUUGAAGCUCGUGAGGGGGCGAGAAAGGGAUAAAGACACGGAGAGGUCGUCUGCAGCAGCAGCUCGCUCUCGAAUCCACGGAUUCGCCAAGAGCCUCCUCACUACUGAUUCAACAAAUUGGGACGGCUACAUUAGCAACAUGGAAGAUGGUGAGCCACGACAAACGAGACGAACGUCAAAACGAAGCGCCGAGGAAUCAGUGGACAUCAGUGAGAAGAGUACAUUGAAAAAUGUUAAGGCAUCACUACAGGAAUUACUCGCUGAUGUGACACAUCAUCGUGAAUCGUGGCCAUUUAUGAGUCCAGUCACUAAGGAUGAGGUGCCCGAUUAUGAGGAUUUCAUUAAAAAUCCAAUGGACUUUGGCACAAUUAAAUACAAACUUGGCAAUGGAGAUUACAAUGAACUCGAUGAAUUCUUUGCCGAUUGUUUACAAGUCUUUGACAACUGUAAUGUUUAUAAUGAGGAGCACAGUACUGUUUACAAUUCGGUUUUCAGGGCCGGCGUGAAAUUACUGAAAUUCUUUGAGAAGCGCUGCAAGGAUCUUGGUUUAAAUUACGACGAGACUAAUGUUCGUAAAGUGAAGAAACCACGACUCGAUGUCAAUAGCGAAACCAAUGGCAAUAAUGAUGAGGACGAGGAAGUCGACGAUGAAGAAGAAGAAGAUGAAGAAGAAGAAGAAGUAGAAGAAGAUAAUGAGGAAGAGGCAAGCGACAAUGACUCCGAACAAAGCUAGAAAUAGAUUUUUUUUUUUGAAAUCACUCGGAAAAAAGAAAAAUUGCCUCUAGUACUUACACGCUUGAUCGAUGCAAAUAUUCUCUUGAAUCAAAAGAAAAAAUUUUUUCCGAACUUUUUUCCGUUUUACAAAAAGAAAAAAAUGUCCAUACUUUAUUCUGUUUUACAAAAAGAAAAAAAUUUGAUUACUUUUUUCUGUUUCAGAAAAAGAGAAAAAUUUAAUCACUUUUUUUUUUAAAUACUUGAAAAUUCUUUUUUCAUUUUAAAGGCUUCUUGUCGAUUAAUUAAUAAAUGGUAAUUAUUUUUCUUUUUUUUUUUUACAUAAAUAGUGUUCAGAAACUAUGAAAACGAUCAAUAUCUCAAAAUAUAAUUUUUAAGAAACAAAAACAAAAGUUUCCAUAAUUUUUGAACACUGUCUUUUUUGUGACAAAAUGUAAAAUCAAAAUAAAAGUGUCAAAACGGAAGAAGAAAAAGUUUAAUAAAAAUUUGAUCAAGCGAGUAGAAAAUUAGAUUGGCUACAAAUUAUUUAGGAAUAAAGUUUA